UUCAAAAUAAGGAAAGAUGAUGGGAGGAGGGGGGAUAUUCUCUGUUGAAAAAUAAAUAUUUUUAGGAAUUGUUCUCUGCGCGAAAAAUAUUGAAGUGUUUGUGGUACUAAAAAGGAUUUAAAAAAGUAUAAGAAAAGUGUUUUUGGAAUAUAUUUAGAUUUAGUAUGUUUUGAUGACAAGUUGAAUAUGUGUAGAAUAGAGGGAAUUCUAGAUGGUUUAAGUAAAUAUAUAUAUUGUUUGAGUGAUCGGAACAGAAUAAUAAGAAAAAAAAAGAAAAUAAAAAGUUUUUUAAAUAAUAUUUAUAGAGAUAAGGCUUUAGUGAAUAAGAAAAAGUGGCAUUAA